UUUGGCGUCCUUGGUUGUAGAUUAACAUGUACCUACAGUGUGGAGUAAUUUCCCAGUUUAUGAUGAGUUAUAAAUAGAUUCUGUUCAAAUCAUGAGUAAACACCUGAAUUCUUCCGAAAAAGCAAGGGAGCGGUGGAAACUAUUAGCAAAGGCGUUAAAAGGACAGAGAUCUGAUGAGACUUGUCAUAGUUCUGUAUCUGUACGCCGGUUUGGCAGCUAUGGUCUGCUACAGACUCGGGAACUAUCUACGUCCGAAAACUUGAAGAAUAGUGGAUCAUCAUGGCACCACUACACAUGUCCCGAGGUACUCAACUUCUCCAUGACCAUUAGACAUUUGGCUGGGACUAUAAAUGCAGAGACUGUGUUAGGCUUCAACAAUACAGGAAAUGUUUGUGUAUGGCCCUCAGAGGAAGUGAUGGCCUACCACACUCAGAAGUACCUUAAUGACUUCAGGGGAGCAACAGUAUGUGAGCUUGGAGGCGGGAUGACCUGUCUAGCAGGGGUCAUGCUGUCCAUAUUGUCGGAGGCUGACAGCAUGCUGUUGACAGAUGGUAAUGAGGAAUCUGUGGACAAUCUAAACCAGAUCAUUGAAAAGAACAGUUCUGCCUUUGGAAAGACAAAAGUCACAAGCAGAAUGUUGCGGUGGGGUGAUGGGCCGGUAGAGGAAUCCCUUGUAGAUAAGUUUGAUAUCAUCCUGUGUGCAGACUGUUUGUUUUUUGAGGAAGGUAGAAAGGAUCUGGUGGACUUAGUUCAUACAAUGCUGAAGCCAGAGGGUAAGGUAUUUAUGUAUGCACCUCGACGAGGCAAGACAUUUGACCAGUUUGUGAGCUUGGCGGGAGAGAAGUUUCAUACCAGUGUCAAGGAGGAGUAUGACCCUACUGUCUGGAGUCUCCACAAGCAGAUGGAUGCUAAAGGGCUGGAUCACUACGAUGCCAACAUACACUUCCCCCUGUUCCUGUCCAUGGAACGCAUCAACAAGGCCAGCUGAUACAUGUGCAUCUCAAAAGACCUGGUGAUACCAGCCGAUUAAAACUGUCUAACAAAUAAAAUAAUUGAAGGUGAUUACAUGAUAAUAUUGGAAAUUGGCGGGGAUGAGGGUCAAUGCCAGUUAUUUUUAGGGAGGUGCCUUAAUUACAAAAAAAACCUGCUCACUGUAAUAAUAUAUUUAAAAAAGUUCAAUUCACCUGUAAAUCUUUGGUAAAUAUUACACUUCAAACAUACAUCUUUUUGAAUCUAUGAAUCUAUAUGGACACAAAUUCCACAUUUAGUAUGUAUGUAACAGUCAUUUUUUUGCUUGUCCAUUGAUCAUGACGACCUUGAAGUUUGGAAUUUGUUACUUUGAGUGUGUGUGGACAGGUUGUAAAGGAUAUACUGGUACCUGGUAUAGAAAAUACUCUGUACUUAUAUAUUAUUAGUGUACCGGCCGAAAUGUAAAACAAAACUCUGUACUUGUAGUGUACCGGCUGUAAUGUAAAACAAAACUCUGUACUUGUAUAUUAUUAGUGUACCGGCCGAAAUGUAAAACAAAACUCUGUACUUGUAGUGUACUGGCUGUAAUGUAAAUGGAGUCUACUAGUCAACAUAUAAUAAGAUAGUACAUUUAAACUUACACCAUUUUUACUAUAUCAAACUUAAAGAAGAAUUAUCUGGUAUUGGUUUGCCUAAAGUUCUUGACAUUGAGAUCAUUUUCAAUUAUAAAUUCACAAAAUUCCUUCAGUUGUGAAUUGAAAUACUGGUAGUGAAAUAUUUUUUUGUUUAUUUUAAAAAGGGACCUUUGGGUACCAAACGGUGAAUCACUUGCAGAAUUAAAUGAAAUAUAAUGUAUUUGAGGGGAAUGUUGAAAUUCAGCAUUAUAUAACGUAAACAAUACUCAAAUUGAGAGGCCACAAUACUCACAGUAUAUAGUUGUUGAGACAACCCUUCAUCCGUUUUAAGCUCACCUGGCCCGAGGGGGUCAACUUUGUCGUCCGUCAACUUUUUACAUUUUUACUUUUUACAAUCUUCUUCUUCAAAAUUACUGGACCAAUUUUGACCAAACUUAACAUGGAACAUCACUAGGACAUGGGGAUCUGAAUUUAUGAAAUUUAUGGGGCUAUGCCCCCAGGGGCCUGAGGAGCCGGGCCAAAAAGGUAAAAAAUGGAGUCAUCUUUAAAAAUCUUCAUCUCUACUCCUACAAGUAGUAGAGAGUAAAGGCAUGAAAUUUAUGGCCCUGGGGUCAAGGAGUCAAGAGGUAGGGUGGGGUCAAUAUUGUGUACUUUUUAUGUAAUUAUGUAUUUAUACAUUUAAAUGAUGUAAAAAUAGGCCCUGGGGUCUUUCCCCACCCCUAGGUGUCUUUGAAACAGCUGAGAUCCCCACCCCAUAACCAUUUAUAGCAUAGCUGGGCAUCAAGAGAUAAACACAAUCAUGAUGUAAAAAUAGGCCCUCGGGUCUUUCUUCAUCCCUGGGGACUUAGUUUCUGGUUUAUAUCUUUGAAACAGUUGAGAUCCCCACCCCAUAACCAUAUAUAGAUUCGCUGGGCAUCAAGAGAUAAACACAAGCAUGAUGUAAAAAAAGGCCCUGGAGUCUUUCUCCACCCCUAGGGACUUUGUUUCUGGUUUAUAUCUUUGAAACAGUUGAGAUCCCCACCCCAUAACGAUAUAUACGAUUGCUGAAUAUAGAAAUGAAUGCACAUACCCUUCGAGGAUGGCCUUGGGGUCUGCCCUACCCUUAAAGACUU